CGUUUGGGAAUCAUGGUGAUCGGCAACAUCGAUGAGAUUGUGAAGUUGACACCUCGACAGGCCGAACUAAUCCUGUUCUUCAUUUUAAGGGCGCUAACUUCGGUCCAUGAGCCCGAUAAUGACGUCGGUGGAGUUUUGCAGAUUGCCACAAAUCUGUUCUACAGAGAACGGAGUGGCGAUUCGAACCCCUACCAUUAUCUAUUGACUUUAUUGUUGUUUUUGAAGCAUUGCGGCAUGCCAUCUCUCUGUGAGGUGUUUCUGGAAGUGUGCAAAUGUGUGGCUCCCACUACAUGGAAAAUAUUGUCUUGCAGUGGGUCAAGUUUUGAGGGACUUGCAGAUGUAGUACUGGACCAAAUUGCGCAGUCAGUUCAGAGACCAGAGGAGUUUGUCUAUUUUUUUGCAAUCGCCGCAUCUAGUGGAUCAUUUCGUAACGUCGAUGCCAGGGACUUGCCCGCUAUUGGGCUGAAUACCUACUUUCGAGAUAGGUUGGGAAUCCCAUUGUCACGUCAUUUUGACACCUUGUUGCACUUUAUAUCUGCUUGUGGGGACCUCCGUUAUCUGAAUUUAUUUCUAACGGAGUUCGACGCAGACAUUGUCCCAGUGCGGAUCCUUACACGCUUUCCUCGAGAAAACGUAACUGAUGGAAUGGGGCCAAAUCGGCUAGAGACACGCGUUGCUGCCUUCCAAGACAUAUCAAACACAGAAAGGGAUCGGAGUUUCGGUACUAGUCAACAAACUAAAACUCAAAACAACAAAAGACAUGCUCUUUCAUCAGAGAAUAGGACGUUCUCUAGCAACGAUCCGAGGCUUGUGGCUCUAUUUACUCCCGGAUCGUCAUUUACAAUCGAAAUAAUUGGGAGACGCUCCAUCAAUGGAUCGCCUGAGGAGCCUCCAGAUGAUCCCGGAUCAGAUAAAAGUCAUACUGGGUUGCUAACUGGUCCAGCAGGUCCUGAGUUUAUUGACUUCAUACUGCAACCGCAUGUGGAAAGGCAGUCAAUGGAGGUCAACAAUUCCGAGAACUCUGAGAACCCCGAAAAUGAAAACGACGAGGAAGAGGAUAUUCCUGAAGGAGACUACCUCGACGAGGAAGACGCCUAAUUGCGCGGAUCUUUUCAGAGUCCUAGAAGCGCAAUCAGCACUGUCUGAAGCCUGUUAGUUAAAAUUGGAAUUAGAAUUAAAGAAAAGUGUUUUGACGAGCAAGACAUCAUGACGAAGAAACUACCUAAUUACAUCGACUCUAUUAGCGUCAAAUAUCGUAAUUAGUGCAGUCUGAUUCAAAUGUGAAAAUUCUAUGAAGCGAAAAAUCUAUGAAGAAAUGAAAUCAUUGUGAUUUAAAUGAACCAUGAUGUUAUUGACUUUUGAAGCUAUCCAUUGAAUAGUUUCAGCCAAUCCAAUGACUAUUUGUCUUUCCAUUGAUUCCAAUAGUUUUCUAUCCCUUCACACCAUCCAAUCAACUGCUAUAGAAAAAUAAGUCUUUUACCACAAGAUCCAUUUGAUUAGCUUAUUGUUUUUUGUCUCCUGUUUACCCGUUUCGUGUGUAAAUAACUUUUGUGUUGCAGAAAUUGUCGCAGAAAAUUGUGAUGUAAAACUAAGUUCUCUUUUCUGGAGAAAAUCGCGCACAAACAGUGUCAUAUCGGCUUUUAUGGUGCUUUGGAAAUUAUACACAGUUCUUUUAGGACCGACUGUGGGCAUUACAAACUUUUUUAAUAACAGAAGGAAGGGAAGUUUGCACCCCCUUACCCUUUGUAUCUUCUGCAUUGCCUUAUUUGGUGUUGCUACUUUUGUAUAUAUUGCUUAGACGCUACUACGUUUAGCAAAGUGUUAUAACAGGCGUUCUGUUAAGCGACAAUUGGCUUUUAAAAAAGUUAAAAGUUCAUGAAACACAGCUUCCAGGAAAUAUAUAUAUGUAGUAUAGAACUGUAACAGAAUUUGCUUUGAAUCUUGUCUAAAAAUGCUGGUGCUUUUUCAUUCUAUAUUUCAAUCUAGUUAGAAAUUUGAAUUCGCAAAUGUUUAAUUAAUUUUUAGUUUAGUCUUCGCCAUUUUGUCUAUUAACUUUUUAUUUCUGAUAAAAAUGGAUAAUUUAUAGUAUUUGU